AUGUCCUUCCAAACGCCCAUCUCGAAAUGUACGACCCCGAUCCCAUCGCUUGGUGAACUCCAAGGGCUGCAAUACGCAAAUGGAGUGCAGCAGUUCUGUGGAAUCCCCUACGCUGAGUUGCCAAGGCGAUGGACAAGGUCAACGCUGAAGACUGCUUGGAAGGACUCGAAGCACGAUGGGACCAGAUUAGGAAACAACUGCCCUCACCCGGAAUCUGAAGAAGGGACCGACGACCUCGUCCCAGUCCCGCCAGCUGCUCACUUCGCAUACCCUCCAAAAGUAGACGAAUUGACCGGCCUUGUGAUGAACAUCGUCGUCCCACCAAAGCCAAUCACUCCCGACAAGAGAUAUCCAGUAAUGGUCUACGUCCACGGGGGCUCCCUGCUCUACGGAGGAGCCAACCUACCCAUCUUCGACGCUGUCAACCUCGUCUCCCAGAGCAUCGAAAUGGACACGCCAAUUGUAUGCGUAAACUUCAACUACCGGGUCGGCCUAGGCGGAUUCCUAGCGAGCGACGCAAUACGGCGCGAGCUAGCAACAGAUGGAUUCCAAGGCUGCGGCAACUUCGGCUUCACAGACCAACAGGUUGCUUUCGAGUGGGUGCAGAAGUAUAUCGAUGCCCUAGGUGGCGAUCCAGAGAACGUCACAGCCGUCGGAGAAUCUGCUGGUGGGAUUUCAAUAAGCAACCAGCUUGCUGCUGCGAGUCCGCCCUGUUUCCGACGUGCGGUAUGCAUGUCUGGCCUGUCAGUGUCGAUUCCGCCGUGGUCUAUGGAGCAGCACGAGGCGUUGUUUCGGGCUGUUUGUCGGUACUUCCGAAUUAAUGAGUCUCGGUCUGACGUGCUUGACUGUCUUCGAGAGAUACCGCAGCAGGAACUUGCAAAUGCAACGCCUAUGAUUCAGGGUGUGUUAUCUGGGACGGGGAAUCCAUGUCUAGACGGCUGGUUUUAUAAUAAGGACAGAAAUCCGUGUGAGAUCCAGGCAGCGCCAUCUUGGCUUGAAGCCUUGAUGCUGGGAGAUACGUAUCACGAAGGAAUCAUCUUCCAUUUGAAUAUCUUGGACGACAAUUUCGACACCAUCCGUGAUAUUCUGGUAGACCACAUUAGGUCGGAAGACCAAACGGACCAAAUCUUUGCAGAGUACAACAUUACCCCAGACCUCACUCGCAGCCUCUUCAUCGAACGAGUCGAACAUAUGUCUGGGGAUGCAAUAUUCAAAAUCCCCAAUUACGCCACUGCCCUCGCCAAUUCGCAUCUGGCAGACAGGAGUGCACUAUUCGUGUACCACUUUGACCAGCGCUCGCGACUCAAGAACGCCCUGGAGGGGACAGCGUACCAUGCGCAUGAACUGCUCUACCUGUUUCAGAACCGUACCAAUGAGAUGAAUGAGGGUGAGAAAGCUAUGGCGUAUGAUUUUGCUGCCGCCUGGAUUAUGUUCUGUAAUGGGCAUGCGCCAUGGAGUGGUCCUAAACGAGAAUGGAAGGUCUGGGGCCCGGAGAGUGUCCAGGCUAUGCGGACAGAGGAGCAGGAUGAAUCCAUUCGGUCGUAUACACGGAUGCAGCGAAUGUUAUCUAUGGGGCAUGGAGAUACGUGGAAAAGGUGGCUCUCUGGUAUUGAUGCGCUGGUGAAUAAGAGAAUGAAUAUGGGAAAGGCUGCCUAGGUUGUAUGUUGUCGCACUGCAUAUAUUACAAAUGAGAGAUAUUUCAAGGAGAG